ACCUAACAUACUGGCUGUCAGGCCGAGCUCUCACCUUUGACACUUGACACUGGCCCCGGAAAGAGCCGGAAAAAAAGGGGAAAGGAACAGACCCACAUCGAUGAGUGAUCAGCCAGCCGAUGGCCUCGGGCGCCUCCGUCUCGCGGUUCGCCUGCGGAUCUACGGCACCGCCCUGGUGUUCAUUGUCCUGGCCAUCGUGUUGCUCAUCCUGCCGGAUCUCUUCAGAGGACAUCCGCUGGUGCCGGACAGCGUGGCCACCUAUUGCUGCUUUGGCAUCGGACUGACCGCCCUGUGUGUCUAUGCAUCAGUGACCUGGCUGCGCCGCAAGUUCCCCAUCAAUUGGAUAGCCAGCUGCUCCAUCGCCGCAUGUCUGGCCCUGGGAACGGUCUUCGUCCUGCCGGAGCAGCCGGCUGGGCACGUGCUGCUCCUCAGCCUGGAGAUCCUGAUCAUGAUGGCCCUGCUGCUGCUGGUGGGGUCACUGCUGCUGCCCAACUGCCCUCCAGUGGCCUACCUGUUCCUCACCUGGUUCAUAUACGUCAUGUUCUCCACUGUGCUAAUGGUCGUGGUGGUUGUCCACUUGCAGGACCGACCUCUCAUCUACGAAGUAGCCCUUCACUUUGUGGUCUGGCAAAUCGGAUUCCCGGUAAUUGAGUUCCAGGCGCAGGUGAUCUCCGGCUACUGGGAUAACUUUCCGCCCCUCCUCGACAUCCCUCUCUGCGCCACGAUGCUGCUGCUCGACUUCCUCGCCUGCUACGCCAUUCUGGACUCCGCCGAUGACAUUGGAUUCGAGCUCUCCUACGUCAGUCGAUCGUCGAAUCAAAAGUUUUUAGCCAGAGUCAUCAAGAGCCAAAUGUGAGGAGGAAUUAGGAGUUGGGACUUUCAAAUUGGAGAGUUCUGCAACAGCCUGCCCAGAAGUGAACAAUUUAUUAUAUAGAUACCGAUACAGAAUAUUGUAGAUAAAGAUGUGUGAAACACA